GACUUCUUAUCAGCUGGCCAAAAAAAUUUGUAUAAAAUUCUGAGAAACAAGUACGUGGCGUGGCUGCUAUUUAUCUCGCACAAAUUGUGGAAGUAAUGUCUGCCAGGUAGCACAGGCACCUGUUCAAAUAAACCGACAACCGAAUCCGCCGGACAAUGUUUGCCUGCCUGCUCCAGAUCUGUUUUUAUCUGCUCUCUACAGUUGCAGUAGCGGCGUUCUUGGUGAUAGCCGUACUGCUGUAUAAAACGAAGCCCUACCCCAACAUCCAGAGGCACAAGGAUGAGGACACCUUCCUGGACCCCCACACCAUCAAAACAAUCGCAUUUCCCAGCUUAGACGAUUCUCCAACCUUGGAGCUCAGUGUCAUUGUACCGGCCUAUAAUGAGGAAAAGCGAUUGCCUGCCAUGUUGGACGAGUGCCUGGCCUUCCUGGAGAAGAAAUCGGCGGGAAAUCCCAACUUUACUUAUGAAGUGAUUGUAGUCAGUGAUGGUAGCCAGGAUGGCACUGUUGCUGUAGCCUUAGGAUACUCCAAAAAGCAUGGAGCCGAGAAGGUGCGAGUGCUGGAGCUUAUCGAAAACCGUGGAAAGGGUGGAGCUGUUCGCCUGGGUGUGCUAAGUGCCCGGGGUCGGAACUUGCUCUUCGCCGAUGCCGAUGGUGCCACCAAGUUUCCCGACUACGACAAACUGGAAGAGGCGCUAAAAACCUUGGCGUCAGAGUGGCGGGAAGAUGGUAUUGCCAUUGGAUCGCGGGCUCAUCUGGAAAACGAUGCCAUUGCCACGAGGAGCUUUUUCAGAACCAUUUUGAUGCACGGCUUCCACCUGCUGGUCUGGCUAUUUGCCGUGCGCUCCAUCCGAGACACCCAGUGCGGCUUCAAGCUAUUUACCCGCUCCACGGCCCGUAAACUCUUCACCAGCCUUCAUGUGGAGCGCUGGGCCUUCGAUGUGGAGCUGCUGUAUCUGGCUGAGCGCCUUAAAGUGCCCAUGUCCGAGGUGGCUGUUCGCUGGACGGAAAUCGACGGCUCCAAGUUGACUCCGUUCUGGUCCUGGCUGCAAAUGGGCACUGAUUUAUUUAUGAUCUGGCUGCGAUAUCUGAUUGGCGCCUGGCGAAUAGCUUCCAUCCAAAAGAAAGAGAAUUGAGAAUACUAUUUUAAUUCCAUCUCGCAUUUUCCUUUCCAAACUCUAUGAACUUGUAACUGUAUUUUUUGUAGAUCUUAUUAUUUUUUAAAAACCGCUGACUAGUUAAGGACACAGUAUUUUUUCAAAAUAAACAAAGAAUAUGCCUUUUGAAAAAUACCAA